AUGUCUAUCCCACAACAGGACAGUAGCUCGCGGCCUCUUCCACAAAAUGUUCUCUGCAACAUCCUCUCUCGAUUGCCCACAUCAUCCCUAUUUACCGCGUCGCUGGUAUCUACGGAAUGGCGUAAACUGAUAUUCCAAUCUGGCCCCCUCUCGAAUGCACUGCUCCGCCCGCAUCUCUCAGUGCUGCGUGAGCGUUUUGGGUUUCAGCAGGUCCCACACCGCCUUCCUAUACCUGCAGUCCGCAAACUCCUCGUCCGGUACGCGAAGCAGGAACUAUCCGGUACAUUAUGCGCGAAGGAGAUCUACAGCAUCAAGUCAUACACCGCUGGAUGCUGUGCAGUGAACGAUAAAUGCACCGUUCCAAUGAAGCUGCGGCGCUUUGCUGCUUGCGGGUCAUUGCUAGCCAUUUCCAUAAAGAACAAGCAUAUACACAUUUUCGAGCUUACCAAAAGGCCAAUGGUGCUGCUGUGUAAAGUUUCGGUGAAAAAGCAGCCGAUAGCGCUGGCGAUAUCAGAAGCUUAUUUGGCAGUCCUGGACGAAGACGGUGUUAGCAUGUAUUCGCUGCUGGCUCGGAACACCCCGUCCUUCAUGGUUGUGCAUGUCUACUCCAUCAAAAUCCCACAGAUCCGGCACCCAACUGCCAUCGCGAUCACGCCGGGUACUGAUGCAACGCCGCUAGUGUCAGUAUUGGCAUCCUCGAUAUAUCUGUUACAUCCCUCGUAUGCACUGACCCAAAAACGGGGCGGUUUCUUCCGUGGCCAUAUCGAAGACCAAGAGGAAGACAUAGUAGCAGAUCCUUCACGUAAAGGGAAGGAGAAGGAGAAAGAAACGCUUUCAUAUCCUAGCUCCGCUCCUAAACAGAACCCAUGGCUCCUUGUCACAAGCGGCUCGAGCAUUGGUGCCUCCUUUCCAUUAGCAUUUGCUAUGCGUGGCCGGCAGGUCUCUGUAUCAACAUGGGGGGACUAUGAUCAUGACUUCCAACACUCGGGGUAUAUCGGUGCACUUUGGAGCAAUGAAGACCCUGUGCAGCUCAAACGUCGUCAAGAAUCCUCUCUUAAAGAUGGCGAGAACAUUCUUAAUGCUACACAUUCCCCAGAUCUACUUUGGCGCUACUACAAGGCUAGACUUAACACCAGAAGAACGACGACGCAUAAAGAAACAGGGAUAGAAAUCAGUGAUUCCUCAGCAAAUAGACAAACUCACCGCUGGCAUGCACACUCAUUCAAUACAGGGGGUCAGAUGGCAGUCGAGUCUGCAAUCCACCUUUAUGACUCCUUCUACAUCGUGACAGAAGUGAAAACCAGAUUGAUCAGAAUUAUCUCUAUAGCCCCAUUUACCAAUAAGAUGGCACUAUAUCGUCAACACGAUAACAAUUCUGGUCACGAGAACAAUCCUGAUCCCGAUUCGGAAAAACCCACCUCAGAUGAGGCUACAGCUGCAGAUAGACCGUUGAAACACUGCGGGUACGCAGUCAUACCAGGGGGCAAGGAAGGAGGUUAUAUUGCGUUCAACCAUCGCCCCGGAUACAUCAAAAUUCUACCUCUGAGGCAGAUCCAGAUGCACGGCUGUCGAUCACUCGGAACUUAA